AUGCACAGCACUUCAAGCCACUCCACCCUCAAACCAGAACAGAACCACUUCAAGAUGGACAUCCCCUCAGUAUAUGACCAUCCACAACCAGAAAACACUCCAACAACUGAACCAAAUACUACUAAUAAGAACUCAACCCAAGAUACUCAACCACCUCCAGAUCAAGCCACACCAAGCUCAAUCGAGUCAUCCGCACAAACUAUCACCGAGCUACCUACUAAUGCUGAACCAACGAGCUCAAAUCCUAUCUCACUCGAUCAAGAACUUAUCGAUCUCAAAAAGACCUUGGGUGGUGUCAGUGCUAGCUUAGGUGGUUGGUGGGGAAAAGUUCAAAAACAGUCCGCCGAAGCACUCGCAGCGACCAAUAUAACUGCUCAGAUUAAUACCGCUCGUAAGGAUCUUGCUUCGUUAAACCUAAUCGAAAAGGCCAAGAAAGAGGUCGAACGACUAGGCGAUCAGGCCAAAGAAGGCUAUGCGGUCAUCUCAUCUGAAAUCGAAAAAGGCCCUGAUCUGGAAUCGACCGAGGGCAGGAUUGUGAAUGUCGAUGGAGUAGAACUUCCAGCACCCUCUCGAGCUAUCUCAGCAUCAUCAUCAUCUAAUACUAUCACCAAAGAUAACAACCAAGGCCCUACCAGUCCGAAAGGCAAAGAACGAGCUCCAGAUCAGAAUCAAGCUACUGAUGAUUCGAACCCGUUAUCUCCCAAUCCUCUCUCGACUUUCGACUCUGGUAGCAUCGGCUCGUUUUUUAGCAAACUGACUAAAGAUAGCGAAUCAUUAACCGCCACCAUACAAUCCAAAAUCUCUCAUCUACCCAACCCAGCUCACGUCCCGGCUCGACUGACAAGUUCUGGUAAAUUCGACCUUUCAGAAGUUCAGAAACUGGCCGAGGGUUACUUAGCCAAAGGCGAAGUUUACCUACAAGACGUCGGUAAAGAAUUGAAGGACUUUGUUCAGGAUGCUGUCAAAGUGAUUCCACCAUCAGAAUUGGAAUCCGUUGAUCAGACUGAAGAAGGAGCAAACAACACCAGUGCUGUUGGUGUAGCCGAAAAACGGAGGAUAUUGGACGUCAAACGAGAAGCGAUGCUCUCUAAGUUACGACGGGACGAAUCCCAACUACUAGCUGACCCACGUGACGAGGAUGAGAGUCUGCAGAGUGCGUUUGAUGAGUUUCUGGCUGGUGUACAACAUGCCGGUGGGUUCGAAGGCGAGGCUUGGAAGAAACGAAUUCAAUCUGAAUUGGAGUUAGAAGACUCAGAUCAAUCGGCGUUAAAAGGUUUACUCGAAAAACUCGUUCCGAGUUCUAUGACCGAUGAAACUUUUUGGACUCGUUAUUUCUUCCGCAUCCAUCGUAUUGAUCAAGAGGAAGCAGCCAGAAGAGUUGUCCUAAGUGCCGCUCAAGAAGACAACGAAGGAGAUUUUUCAUGGGAUAUGGAAGAUGAGAGUGAGCCACCAUCGCCAAUGGUGAUUAUCAAAUCAGGCAAAGAAACCAGUGGGCGGGUGGUAGAAGGAGGCAAAACGGAAAGAGCUGAAGAAGUGGAGACGCCGAAACUAUCGAACCUCUCUAAUCCGAAGAUAGACUCUGCGACGGCGGGCAAGAAGGAGGAACCGGCACCGGGCGAGGACGAGUGGGGAAAUUCGCCUGUCGACGGGACCGAUGUCCCGGUCGUCAAACCGGCCACGUCCAGUGGCACCACCAAAUCUAGCUCGACUUCGAACAACGAGGCGCGCCGUAACUCGGCCUCUGAACCGGACACCAACGACAGCUUCGACGUCGUCAGUUCCCAUCAAUCUUCGGACGAGAAACCCAAGGAGUCUACUGUCGCCCCAGCCGAUACUAAUAAACAUGACGACGAUGAAGAUUCUGAUUGGGAAUAAGCUCCAGCAUUUACCUGACACUGCCUCUCCAUGUAUCUCUCAAUUUUCUGGACUGCUUUGUUGUAUUUUGUGAUCAUUUCCCUGUUUUUUUUUUUGUAUUUGUGUGUGGGUUCAAUCUAUUAAAAGAAGUGAUGUCCUUUUUCUUUUCUGGAUAACCUCCUGUUCAAAUAACACAAAAAAGGUGUUAUAUUUUGUGUCACAUUGGUUGAGCAAAUCAGGUUUCUUGUAUUUAAAACCCAAGAAAUCCACAUUUCUUUUCUUUCCUUGAAAUCAGUUUAUACAGCC